CAUCGCCACCAUCAUCAUCAUCAUCACCACCGAAGACGUUCUAAUCACCAUCAUCAUCAUAAUUACCAUAAUCAUCAUCACCAUGGCAAAGUGUCUUCAUCAGCUACAGCUUCUUCUUCUCACAAACAAAAACAACACAAGCAACAACAGCAGCAGCAACAGCAACAACAGAAUCAUAUAUUACAUUGUAUUGCUUCAGCUGCUGUUGCAGCAGCUUCAUCAUCUUCAACCACCACUAGCGGUUUAGCUGCCGCAGCAGCAGCUCUAAUAUCACAAUCGACAGUGGCUGCAGUUGCCGCUGCUACGGCUGCUUCCUCAGUUAACUUAAAUGUUACUUCACCUACGUCACUUGCAUCGGCCACAGCAUCAUCCGUUACCAAUUCAAUUGUAAAUAUCAAUCAUCAAAAUCAUACAAAUUUUUUUAAUUAUCAAUCCUAUCAAACACCCCAACGUUUUCGCCAUAAUUAUAAUACAACAACAGCAACACUAUUGAAUAAUACACAACAACAACAGCAACAACAAACGCAACAACAUCUUGCUACAACUACUACUGUUCAUCAACAUCACCACCAACAACAGCAGAUGCAACAGCAAUUAUCCUCUAAUGCAAUUAUAGGAAUUAAUUCUAAUUCAAAUUCCGUUGGUACAACUACAACUUCUUCAAAUAUUACUCAUCAUGCGCACAACAACAAUAAUAAUAAUAAUCAUCAUAAUCAUACUCACCAGUGUAAGUCCAAACGUAAGUUACAAAAGUUGUAUUACACGCUGUGUCGUUGAAUCUCUCGUUUGUUGCUCUUCAUUUAUUUAGGUAAACAAUUAAAUAUUUAUACAUAUUAAAUUGCGAAUUGUCAUUAAAAAAAAAUGUGCGUUAUAUGCAUAUCUUUUUUUUCUUUUUCAUAUACUUAUUUACUUGAGUAUAUAAUAUAAUUUUAAAUAAUUUCAUUUUCAUUUAUUUCAUUAAAUAUAAAUUGAUUCCCUUUUAUAGAUGUUUUUUUGUUCCAGUGCAAUAAAAAUUUACAACAUUUUUGUUUUUCUAAACAUUUAUGUGUAUAAUUACAUUAAAACUGAUUUUCUUUUACUACUAAUUUAUAUAUUUUUUCUUUGAAGGUUUUCUCUAACGAUUUCGUUGCUAAUAAUUGUUCAAUUCAAAAACUUUAUUAGAGAAGAACAUAAUCAUUAAAAACUUUAAAAAUGCUACAAUGUAUUGUAAUUCAAAAAUCUUUAAUUGUUUUCAAUUUACUUGUGAAAAUUGAUUCAAUAUAAAUAUGUAUUACAUUUCUAACGUUACGUUCAAUCUGUUCAACAAGAUCUCUUCUUACAGAUUUCUUUAGAAUUAUUUUUUUUCUUGAAACUUUAAAUCAAAUUUUAUAGAAAUAAUCGGUAUUUUACAAGUUCUUUAAAGAUUACAGAAAUUUAUUGGUCACUUAUAGACAUCGUUAGUUGUUGACUAAACAUUUUUGAAAAAUGUUUUUAUUUUAAAUAAGUUUCUCAGAUACCAUUGUGUUGUCAAUACAUAUAAUAUCCCAAUACAAUAAAUAGAAUGAAAACAUAAACUGUUAUCAUUGCUAAACACAUUAUAACACAGAGUUUUUAAUAAGCAUUUUAUAUCGAAGUUAUCCCUUUUAUUUACAGCACACUAGAAUUUGUAGAAAAAUUUAUAAUUAUUUAAUUUUUCAAUGAAACCAUUUUAUGUUAGAGAUGCUUUUAGUUUUACAUCUUUACUUAAAUUUUUUAUAAGUUUUUUUUUUUAAAGGUUAUACAUUAUACAUAUAAAAAAAGAUCAUUAUGAAGAAGAAAUAAAGAAAUAAGAAAACACAUAAUAAAUUAAGUAUUAAAUAGCUUUUAGGUGAUAUAUUUACAUAAAUAAAAAAUAAUUUAAAAUAAUAAUAGGAAACCUAAGAAACAAGUUAAACAAACACACAUAUAUAAAAUCAUAAUUGUAAUUUUGGACAUAUAAUUACAAUAAACACACGUAUGGCUCUCUAAACUGAUAUACAUAAAGAAAAACAAAAACUAAAAAAAAUUUAGUAGUAUUGUAAGAAUUUUGCAAUUUAAAUAAAAAGGAAAAUUUAAUAAACUUAAAUAUUGUUAGCUAGGUACACAAAAGUAUCAAAGACCUUUUUAGUAAAUAUACUUCUGUUUACUUCUUUCUCGUUUUGGAGAAUUGUAAACAUAUUCUGCUAAUCCUUAAAAUUUAUCUAAAAAGUACACAUUGAACUUUUGCUUACUAAGCUAACGAUAAGUAUGAAAGAUAAACAAACGUUUACAAAUAAGUUUUGAACAGAAUAAUAUGUUUAUCAUUUAUUAUAAAUAAAAAAAUAAAACAAAUUAAAAUGAAAAAAAUAAAAUAAAAUAAACUUUAAAAAAGUACCUUUUUCGAAUUAGCAGUUCAAAAUUGCAUUAAUGCGUUUCACUUGAAAGAAAUAUUUAAACAAAAGAAAAUAAAAUUGUACAUGCAUACUUAUAAAAAAA